CUUCAAUCACUGAACUGUUUGUUUGUUUUUUGAACAAUGUAUUUAUUAUCAAUCACUGAACUUACUCUAUAUUUGGGACAGGCGUCUAUAUGGGACCGGCCUUUAAUUCCUUUUGCACAAAAGAGAGACACCGUAGAACGAAUAAAAGAUGAAGAUUACUGUAGUUAUUUCAACUUGGAUGAAAUUUAAUGAAAAGGUUUUGAUUGUUUUGAUCGGUGGACCUGGUGGGCUUUAAGACGCUUUAUACAUCCAGAGAACUUAAAUAAAAAACAGAAAAGGCGCCUAAUUGAGACCUGCAUUCAUGUGUUGUGCAGUAGGUAGCUUCAACGUAUUCCUUUAAGGCGCUCGUCAUAAUUAUGUGUGCAAAAGUGCUUCUUUUUGCCACCGACAGGCUCAGAUUGUUAUACCAGGUGUCUGACACAAUCAUAGAAGGGAUCCCUAUGAGUAACCUUGUUUUAAACCAGAAACAGAAGUCUUGUUAAGGACAAUUCUUGCAGUACAUUGCAGCCACUGAAGCUAGUUCAUGGGAAGCCAUCUACUGCACGGAUUUCAAAACAUUUUGUACCUAUUAGUCAUAUAUAGUAAGAGUGUCCUUGUGUUUGAGACAAACUGGCUCAGGGAAACAGACAUUUUACCUAAUGCAAAUGUUUGACAUAAUGUUUCAUCAGUUAAUUGCAAACACUUGUUAAUACUGCUUAUACGUCUGGAACACUAAUGUCAGGAAACUGCAGACAAACUUAUGUCCAUUACAGCUCUGAUAAUAGUUUUCUCACAAUGUUAAAUUAAUGUGAAAUAAUUGAAAUAACCGCCCAGGUUUGGACAGGGCAGACCAGAAAGGGUUAAUGCGAGAGGAUGUUUGUGUUCAAACAGUGGAAAAACAGUAUUGCUGCCAGAUUUUGGGAGCGACUGAUUGCUUCUUAUGCGAGAAGACGUAGACAACAGGAAGAUGUGUUCUGUGUAUAAAAAUGUGUAGAUUCAGACUUGAUCCUCUGUCUUUUUACCAUUUCAUAAACACCAUGCUGUGUGAAAGGUUCCCUCACUUCCUGUUCUUUAUCGAUCAGAAUUUAGACGAUGUCAUAAUGUUGAUGAUGUCAUAAACAAAGUUCUGAGGGGAAAGUGAUGUCACUGCCUGCUUCCACAUUCUGAAGAUCAAAGCCACAGAGUGAACACAUUCUGAAACACAUUCAGCUCCUCAGUCUAAUCAAUCAUUUACAACUGAGCUUCGUGUACAGAGCCCAGAAAAACAAGCGCUGGUUAACACAGUCGUUAAGAGAGAAGAAAAAUGAGCUGCAUCGAGGAAACGGUCCCUUCUGAGAUGUUCUUUGACAAUCUGGGCAUGGACGUCAGCCAAGAACAAGCAGAUAUAUCUGACCAAGAAAUCAAAGUGGACUUGGAUGCAGUCAUUCAACAACUGGAAGGAAUAGAUCUCCAACUGCAAAGGUACGCUAGACAAUAUGAGAAAAAACAACUAGCAGAGCUCCAUGCAAAUAGCCAAACUCAAAAAGAACUGGAUGCAAUGUCCAACGCUAUGCAAGUGGCGAAAGAAGCCAUUUUGAACGCCAAUGAAGCUUUGGAAAAAGAACGUCAGGAGCUACACAAUAGGACACAUGAUAAAUCCUUUGAGGAGAACUAUGAUAAAGUCAAAGCAGAGCUCUUAGCAGCAAGCCAGCAAAACGAGGCGCUGAGACAAGAAAUUCAGGAGCUCAGGAGAAGACCCCAAAAUGAACCAUCUUUGCGGGAAUUGUAUUUUGUCAUUAAGGAGGAAACAGAGGCCAUGAGGCUCCAAAAUUACAGGAUACAAGAGGAAAUCCAGGAGCUCAAAGAAAAGCGUAGAAAUUUAACUGCUCUGGAUGAAACGUUUGACACACUGAAAGCAGAGAAAGAGGCGAUACGCCAGCAAAAUGACGACCUGAGCCAAGAGAUUCGGGAGAUAUCCAAAGAUCUCCGAUAUGAAAAGGCUCUGCAGGAAAUGAAUGAGCAAAUGGAAGUUUCCAAAGUGACCAUCAGCCAGGAGAACGCAGCACUGAAAGAACAACGCCAGAAGCUCUACAAAGACUAUGAAGAUCAAAAGAUUUUCGGUGUCAUGUGUAGGGAGAAGUUGCACAAGAUGGAAUUUAUGUGCAGAGAAAAUGAAGACCUCCAAAAAGACGUUGAGGACCUUACCAGUAGGAUCCAGAACAGAAAAGCCAUGAAAGACCAAUAUAAAGGCCUGAAAUCAGAAGAAAAAGUUGUCUCUGCAGAACAAAGUGAGCUUCUUAAAACACUUGCAACGCUCCACUCAAAGUUUCAAGGUAUGAAAGACUAUGAAGGCAAGUGUGGUUCGCUGAGAGAGGAGAUAGGAGCCUUAAGACAACGCAACGAUGAACUCCAUCAAGAAAUCCAACAGCGCAGUGAGGAGAUAGAAAACAAAACUGUUACAAAGGCAAUUUAUGCCUCACUGAAAGGAGAGAAAAAUAAUCUAACGCACAGAAAUAAAAUCCUGAAAAAAGAAAUGCAGGAGGUGGAGAAAAGGGUUGUAAAGGAACAAGCUUGGGUAGGCAGGAAUAUUGUCAUGAAAGAAGAAAAUGAAGCCUUGAGCCAACAAAACCACACAUUACAGCUGGAGGUUGAAGAGCUGUACGGCAGACUGCAAAGUGAAAAAAUACUGGAGGUCACGUACAAAUCGCUGACGACGGAAAAAGAUGCCACGAGUCGAAGAAACGAUGUCCUUCGACGAGAGGUCCAGAAGCUCAAAGAAAAGCUGAACAGUGAAAGAGCUUUAGAAAGUGCACACAACGCAAUGCAGGCUGAGAAACAGAAGGUCGACCGAGAGCACGCAGCCCUGCAGCAAGAAAUUCAAGACCUGAACAGCUCCUGAAGAGCUAUAUGGAAAGCUGACAUACAUUGUUUUUGCUUUCCAAGGGAAAAAAGGGUAUGGAUUUAACUUCAGCCUCACACAAAAAGGUGCUGGUUCGAUUCCUGGGCCUGACUCUUUUUGUGUGGAGUUGGAUUUUCUCCCCUGUGUGAAUGUGUGUGAGUGGUUGUUUGUUUCUAUGUGCCCCGUGUUGGACUGGCGACCUAUCCAGGUUGUACCCGGCCUCCCACCUAAUGUCAGCUGGGAUUGGCUCCGGUCGAGCAUAUGGAUGAAACUUCAGCCUCACGCAAAAAGGUGCUGGUUCGAUUCCUGGGCCUGACUCUUUUUGUGUGGAGUUGGAUUUUCUCCUCAGAUUGACCUAAAAAUACCAAACCACUAACUGAAAGAGGGGCGGCACAGUGGUGCAGUGGUUAGCACUGUCACCUCAGAGCAAGAAGGUCCAGGGUUCAAACCUUGGUCAUCCAUGGUCCAGGGUCUGAACCUCGGUCGUCUGCGUCUCUGUGUGGAGUUCAUAUGUUCUCCCCGUGUCUGUCCCGGUUCCCCCCCAUUAUAAAACAUUUAUUAUGUAGAUUCUGAAUUGACCUAAAAAUACCAAACCACUACCUAAAAGAGGGGCGGCACAGUGGUGCAGUGGUUAGCACUGUCACCUCAGAGCAAGAAGGUCCAGGGUUUGAACCUCGGUCGUCUUCGUCUCUGUGUGGAGUUUACAUGUUCUCCCCGUGUCUGUCCCGGUUCUCCCCGGGUGCUCCGGCUUCCCCCCACCGUCCAAAGACAUGCAGGUUAAUUGGUGACUCUAAAUUGUGCUUCAGUGUGAAUGUGUAUGAAUGAUGUUUGUUUCUAUGUGCCCUGUGAUGUUUGAUGUUCUCCCCUCUCCACCAUGGGGUUACUCCACGUGCUCCAGUUUCCUCCCACACCAGAAAACAUAUAUAAUAUGUGGAUUCUUGAUUAUUGACCUCAAAAUAAAUAAAUAAAUAUAUAAAUUGAAUAACUUUGUUAUU